UUAUGUGCUUCUAACUGAUGGUUUUUAUACCGUUUCAUCAGUACUGUUUAUACCAUUUUUUAUACCAAAACAGAUUUCACUUGCAAUUAGUUCACAUUGAUCCAAAAGAUAAGAUUUCUAUACUUCUAUUCAUAUCUGAUACUGAAUCAGUUUCUGACUUGCCAUGUCCAAAUUGGCCAAAAAAAAGACAUCUCAGAAUAAAUGCAGUCGCCAGAGCAGCUUAUCAGACUUCUUCCAGCUGGAAGUGGAUUGUAAACAAAACACCAGCUCACUCAAUACUAACAAGAAAUGUCAAAAUGCAUUCAUGAAGCAGCCUAUCAAUGAGUCCUGCUCCAUCAUGAAACCUGUGGCUCUAGUUUCACCUCACUCAGCCACUGUCUCAACAGCUGGUCUCCCUGGCAGCAGUGAUACAAAUUAUCUAUUAACUGAUAAUAAAUUCAGACUCAGCAUGACAACUUUGAAAGAUCAAAAGAAUGGUGACACGCUGCAUGGCUCAACGGAGUUUAUUUUUGUCAGUUCUGAUUCUGAAGACGAUGUUCCGGAAGUGGGAGGCAAGAGAAAACGAAUCUACCAAAUAGAUAAAUCUUUUAGGGAUGAAAAUAAGCUCCCCUUGUCGGUAUCUGUGAACAAGAAGUGGUGUGGGAAUAGUGUGAAGCAGGAGAAUGUCGCUGCAUCUGGCCCUCCUGUUGUUACUGCCCCUGCAGCGGCCAACAUCUCGAGUGCAAGCUCAGAGGGUGUCUCGUUCAAAUCUAAACCACCGUCAUGCUCGAUUAACAAUUUGAAUGAUGCAGAAUCUCUUGAGCAGUCAAGUGCUACUCUUCCUUGCUCUUCAACUGGCAAAGUUAAUACCAAUUUAUUGCCUACAGAAAGCAAAAAUUUAUCAUUUGAGGGUAGAGUGUCUGCAGAUGAAAGUGGCACUGGUAAAAUUUGUUCAAAAAGCACCGCAAAAAAUUUGGUUAUUGAGGAACCAGAACAAAAGGACCAAAUAUCAGGCCAUGGUCAUUCCGAGAAUAAUUUUGUUGUGUAUAAUACGAGUUUGAAGAAUUCUAAAACAACAAAUGACCGUUCCAAAUUAGAGACCAUCUCUGUCAGUGAGUCUGAAAGGAAGUGCAAGGCUGAUAUUUUCCGAAUUCGCAUUGAGGACUUCAUCAGUGACUGUCCAGAUGAGGAAAUUUGGUCACCUCCACCAUUCGAGACAGAAGAUCCAUUAUUGGAAGUUCCUACAGAGUUUUUGGAAGAUCCACUGCCUCAAGUUUCUGUAGUGCAGCCGCCAAGUCCUGCAACACCAAAAUCUGCUCCACUCGUAAACACCGCGCAGAAAUGUGGCAAUCUCAUUCAAGCCCCUAAUGCUUCACUGCACGUUGAGUCUCGUCAAACUUUGCCCACUGCUGUUCCAGUCACACCCACCGUGAGUCACAAAACGCCAACAUCUAAGUUCUCUUUCAAAAGAAACGUGGCUUCAUGUCUCACUGCACCGUGUGCAGCGAGCACCUCCCCUGUAUCAGCUUGCCCAACUCAGACGAGUGACUCAUUAGCCGUGAAACACACUCUAGAAUCGCAGACCACUUCAAAUUAUGCUCCGAAAUUGACUGCAGCUGCUCUAGCUUCACACCAGAAGCUCACACCAGCUCCCAGACCUCAAAAAUUGCAAAAUAAGUCUCCUAAAUCACCCUCUAGAAAAGCAUCUAGCCCUUUUAAAUUUUCGAAGAGUAAACUUACUUCUAAUGAAAGUCAUUCUCGAACAAUGACUGAACUCCCAAAGUUGACAGCGUCAGCCCUUGGUAGUAAAGGACCGGUGAGCGGAGAGUCACAAGACAGAGAAGGGAACUUAACAAAGGAGACGCUGCCUCCUGGACCAUCAUCUUGUAGUGAAGGACGGCUGUCAUCCGAUGGCCUCACUGUUGACAACAUCCUCAAACAUCCUGUGCUCAGGGUAUGUGACGUUGAGCCAGAAGACCUCGCCGUCAUCGAGAGUUUACAAGGCAGUCUACACGAGCUCAUCACUGCGAUGUUCGAGCGCGUGCCGGUGUCUGUGCUGCAGCAGCACGCACCACACUAUGACCUGCACCACCACGAGCUGCUGCUGCAGGCGCACCACAAGCUGCAGCACACAAGGGCGCGCUGGCGCCGUAUGAACGCUUCGUCCAACUCUAAUAAUGCUGAGCCUGUACUACUCAAUAAGUCUCCCGUUAUUAAUACUGGAAUCAGUUUAAGAGGUGCCCCUCUUUCGGUGGCUGAUGGAGCCAAACAAGUGCUUCACAGAGACCAGUCAGGCUCGCAUGGACCAGAAAAAGCGCCCAACAGGACCCAGGGUAGCCCGCAUGGACCAGAACAUGCGCUUCACAGGGCCCAGUCUGGCCCGCAUGGACCAGAACAAGUGCCCCGCGCUCAGCCUGACCCUCAGAACUCUGUUCCGUCAUGCAAAGCUCUCAGGACUGACUGGGGCUUCAGCAAGGCUUGGGACGCCAGCGGCUGCGACGAUCUUGAUGACGUCGCAGACGAGGGCGACGAUGACGUGCCACUCACGUCCCGCCUCAUUCAUGGCCCUGACAAUCAAAUCAACUAUACGAAUGUGCUCUACAAAGAAAGUCCAAUGAAAGCCUUCAAUAAACCGACGUCGAAAACUGCGGCUACGCCAGAGAAACGCUGCCCGCCCACAGCCGUGGUCUCUCCUGUGCGCUUCCACGGCAACGUCAGGAAUGAUGGCCCCACCGGCGAGUUCAGUGGCAUGAACUACCCACACACCAAGCUCAUGCUGCACGUGUUCCAGAAGUGCUUUGGCCUGCGUCGCUUCCGUGAGAAUCAGAAGGAGAUCGUGAACGCGGCGCUGCUCGGCAAGGACUGCUUCGUGCUCAUGCCAACAGGAGGCGGCAAGAGUCUCUGCUACCAGCUGCCUGCGUGCGUGACGGCCGGCGUAACCAUCGUAGUGUCGCCGCUGAAGUCCCUCAUCCAGGACCAGGUGCAGAAGCUGGCUUCGCUCGACAUCUCUGCAACAAAACUCUCAGGAGACAUGAACAUGGCCGAGGAGAACGCCAUCUACACGCAGCUCAUGAUGCGCGAACCUGGCUUCAAGCUGCUCUACGUCACCCCGGAGAAAAUAAGCGCGAGUCAGAAGUUUGUUGGCAUUUUGGAGGCGCUCUUCAAAAGACAAGUGUUGGCGCGCUUUGUAAUCGACGAAGCUCACUGCGUGUCUCAGUGGGGACACGACUUCAGGCCAGACUACAAGAAACUUCAUGUACUGCGCACCAAAUUCCCUGGGGUGCCGUUCAUGGCCCUCACUGCCACCGCCACGCCCAGGGUCAGGGUCGACAUUCUUAAUCAGCUGGGCCUCACUGACCCUAAGUGGUUCCUGAGUAGUUUCAACAGGAGUAACCUUCACUAUGAGGUGCUGCCGAAAAAAGGCAAGAAAAUAUCUGACGAAAUCGCCGAGUUGAUCAAGUCGCGCUUCAGGGGCGCGUGUGGCAUCGUGUAUUGCCUCUCGCGCAAGGAAUGCGACUCCGUAGCUGCGGACCUCAGCAGGGCGGGCAUAUCUGCGGCGAGUUAUCACGCUGGGCUCACGGACUUGCAGAGAGCCAAGGCGCAAAAUCUCUGGAUUAACGAUAAGUGUAAGGUGGUGGUCGCUACCGUAGCGUUCGGCAUGGGCAUCGACAAGCCUGACGUGCGUUUUGUGCUCCACUACUGCAUGCCUAAGAGCAUCGAGGGCUACUACCAGGAGAGCGGCCGUGCGGGGCGGGACGGAGAGCCUGCGCACUGCACUCUCUACUACUCCUACGCCGACAUGCACCGCAUCAAGAAGAUGAUCGAGUUGGACCGAGAGAACUUUGAGGCGAGGAAGACUCACUACGACAACCUCUACCGCAUUGUGGCCUACUGCGAGAACCGCACCGACUGCCGCCGAUCUCAGCUCCUCAAUUAUUUCGGAGAAAUAUUCGAUAGAAAUAAAUGUAUGAAUAAUAAAAUCAGCUCGUGUGACAACUGCGCUAACCAGGGCUCGUACCACAACGUCGACGUGACGAAGGAGGCGAAGGCGGCGGUGCAGACGGUGCAGCAGCUGUGCUCUGGAGGACGAUGGUCCAACAACUUCACUAUGAAUCAUUUCGUCGACAUAUUCAAGGGAUCUGAGGCCAAGAAAGUCAUGGAAAAUGGCCAUCAACGACAGCCCCUGCACGGCCUGGGCAAGAGCUGGCAGCGCAACGACUGCGAGCGACUGCUGCACAGACUCGUCCUGCUCGGCUACCUCAGGGAGGAGCUCGUCGUCACCCGCGACGACAUCGCCAACGCCUACCUCAGACUCGGCCCUAAAGCUCAAGCUUUCUUGGCGGAUCGUAACGCUAAACUGGAGGUGGAGAUGCAGUCAGCUCGGCGGGCGGCUCCUGUUGUGGUGCAGGAAGAAACUUCUGACGAGGAGCUGCAGCUGCUGCAGACCGAGUGCUACGAUGCUUUACUUGCUGAGGUCAAGAAGAUCGCUGAGGAGAAGAGCGUCAACUACACAAACGUUAUCAACAUGGUUGCGUUGAGAACAAUGUCGCGUGAGAUGCCCGAGAGCGAGGAGGAGAUGCGACGCAUACCUCACAUCACCACCGCCAACUACGUCAAGUACGGCCAGCGGCUGCUGGACAUCACGCAGCGUUUUGCUGCUAACAAACUCGUGAUGCUGUCAGAGCGCGAUGACGCGUUGGACUUAGAAGCUAGCGAUGGCGGUGACGAGGGCAGCUCGUGGCUGGCGUCCGUGUCGGCGCCCGAGCCCUGCCAGGGCAACGACAGCCCCUACUUCGGGCAGACCAAACGGCGCGGCAGAGGAGGGUUUGGUGGGCGCAGAUUCGCUAGAGGAAAAAAGAGGCGCACCUCGGCUAAGAGCACUGCGGCCGCGCCUUCUAGCGGGAGUUCAGGAGAGUUUUUCGUUGCAGGCGUUCAAAAAUUUCAGGUGCGGACUGGCCGCCAGCCCGCCGUGCGUCGCAAGAGCGCCGCGACUCUCAGCGCCGCAGGGAAGCCUAAGCUCAGCCUCAUGGGCGCCCCCACGCCCAGGUCUUUCCUGCCUGCUCCUAAAGUUUACUCACUUUAAACAAUUGUGUAUUUUAUAGCUAUAGAAUAUUUUUUAUAUGCAAAAUAUUUUCAUGACAGAAUAAAGUUUUUC